AUGGCCCCCGCCCGCCGCCACGCCGGGACGCGCCUGCUGCUCUUCUGUGCGGGCCUGCUGGCCGCCGCCGCCGGCCUCCGCUCCCCGGAGCCCGGCGAGCCCGUGGACGACCGCAACCGCCCGGAGCCGGGCCUCGGAAACGAGCUGCCCGCGGGCCCCGGGGAGAGCCGCACAGGGCCGCCCGCCCGCACGCUGGAGCCCACCGCUGAGGGAGCACGUAGCUUCGACCCCAGAGAUGCCUGGAUGCUCUUUAUCAGGCAGAGUGACAAAGGCGUCAACGGCAAGAGGGGAAGCAGAGGCAAGGCCAGGAAGCUGAAGCUUGGCCUGCCGGGACCCCCAGGUCCCCCCGGUCCCCAGGGCCCCCCUGGCCCCAUCAUCCCACCUGAGGUGCUGCUGAAGGAGUUCCAGCUGCUGCUGAGAGGUGCGGUGAGGCAGCGUGAGCGCAUGGAGCCCGAGCCCUGCACGCAUGGCGCCCCCGAGGGCACAGCCACCAUCCGGGAGGACGAGGAGGCGGCGGGAGACGCGAGCGUGCUGGCGCUGGUGGCCGCACCCCUGGGUUCGGGCCCGCGGGCGCCGCGCGUCGAGGCCGCCUUCCACGGCCGCCUGCGCCGGGACGCAUCGGUGGAGCGGCGCGCACUGCACGAACUUGGCGGCUACUACUUGCCCGACGCCCAGGGCGCCUUCCGCCGCGGCCCCGGCCUGAACCUGACCAGCGGCCAGUACACGGCGCCCGUUGCCGGCUUCUACGCGCUCGCAGCCACGCUGCACGCUGUGAUCGCUGAGCAGCCCAGGCGGGGGCCGCCGCGCCCCCGGGACCGCCUGCGCCUCCUCAUCUGCAUCCAGUCCCGGUGCCAGCACAACGCCUCCCUGGAGGCCGUCAUGGGCCUGGAGAGCAGCAGUGAGCUCUUCACCAUCUCGGUCAAUGGUGUUCUGUACCUGCAGACGGGGCAGUACACCUCGGUCUUCCUGGACAAUGCCAGCGGCUCCUCCCUCACCGUGCGCAGCGGCUCCCACUUCAGCGCUGUCCUCCUUGGCGUGUGA